CUGUGCUCAGCAGAGCUCUAAAAGCGGGACUGCCGUGUGUGACAGUGAGUCGAUCCAUUUUCCCACCUGUGGGGUGUUGAUCUUUGCACACACAGAGAGAGAGACGGUGCAGGAGCGAGGCGUGCGGAGCUGUGGGAGUCUGUGCGUAAAAGGAAAACCCCGCUUGUGCGCUCCCCACUCUCAGGAGGCGCCCACGCGCUGAUCUCACGCCUCAUUUUCACCCGUGACUCGUAUUUGGAGCUGAAAGCGGGAUGUGGAACUGAUUACUCUGCCUUUCACCUGGUCUAAUCCGCACAGGAAAAAAAGAGAUGAGCGGGGAAACAGACUGGCCGGAGGGCGAUGGAGCUCAGGAGGAGGCCAGAUCCUCCCCUCAUUGGUCAGAGGAACGAUGCGAGGAGCUGUGGGAUCGCGUGGAGGGAGUGCGGCACAAGCUGACCCGCAUCCUCCACCCAGCCAAGCUCACCCCAUACCUGCGGCAGUGCAAGGUCAUCGACGAGCAGGACGAGGACGAGGUGCUCAACUCUACGCAGUACCCACUGCGAAUUAACAAGGCUGGUCGCUUGCUGGACAUUCUCCACGGUCAGGGCCAGAGGGGCCUUCAGGCCUUCAUGGAAUCGCUGGAGUUUUACCAUCCGGAGCAGUACACUCAGUUAACGGGAAAACAGCCGACACAGCGAUGCUCCCUCAUACUGGAUGAAGAAGGUCCAGAGGGCUUGACUCAGUUUCUGCUGCUGGAGGUGCGUAAACUGAGGGAGCAGCUCCGAAACAGCCGCCUGUGCGAGCGCCGCUUGUCUCAGCGCUGUCGCAUGGCGGAGGAGGAGCGUAGCCGAGCCGAACAUAAAGCUCAGGAGCUGCGGCACGACAAACUGCUGCUCGAAAGGCUGCGUCAGGACUGGGAGUCAGCGAGUCGGGAGCUGGGUAAGCUGAAGGACCGACACCUUGAACAGGCUGUGAAGUAUUCCAGGGCUUUGGAGGAGCAGAGCAAAGUCUCCAUGCGAGAAAGAGAACUCCUGAGACAGGUAGAGGAGCUUAAGUCCAGACUGACUGAUGCAGAUAAGGAAACAGAAAAGGCUGAUGCUCCAGAGAUCAACAGAGCAAACAGCGGUCUCUCCAAUGGGAUAAAUGGCUCUACACCUCCCUUACCAGAGAAGCCGCUGAAGCACACUGACGCUGAGAAAGCAGACAGAAAGGGAGCUCAGAUAACAAACUCAGAUCCUUCCACUGGAGUCGUUGCCCUGAUGGAUAUCCUGAAGCAGGACCGCAGGGAGGCUGCAGAACAGAGACACGAGCUCUGUGAGAUCGUCACCAAACUUGAGGGAGAGCUGCAGAGCGCCGAGGAGAACAGGGACAAACUGGAAGCCCAGUGUGAGCAGCUGCAGCUGAAGGUGAGGACUCUCCAGCUGGACUGGGAGACGGAGCAGAAGAGGAGUCUUUCCUACUUCAACCAAAUCAUGGAAAUGGAAAAGGAGAGAGACCAGGCUUUGCGUAGUCGAGACAGCCUGCAGCUUGAGUACACUGACUGCCUGCUGGAUAAGAACCGUCUGCGCAAACGCAUCGCAGAGCUGCAGGCCAACCUGGAGCAGCAGCAGCGAGAGCUGGAGAAGGAGCGAGAGCGCUGCCGGGAGCCGAUGCAGCAGAGUCCCUGUAUGAACUGCUCCCACCUGUCUCUGUGCAGCGAGGACCAAUGCUUUGGCCCAUGCUGCUCCCCUGACGUGGAUCUGAGUCCACAGUUCAGCAGAACUCAACUGGUGCUAAGGAAGACAUCUAGAGGCCAACACAAUGAAAGCUCUGAGGGUUCAGCUUUCAACUCAGAGGAGAACCUGCUGUCUUCGUCAAACCACGAUGAAAAGGAAAUAAAUCGUCUGUCCACGUUCCCCUUUCCUCCGUGCAUGAACUCCAUCCACAGGCGGUUCACAGAGGAGUUCGACGUGGACUCCUGGGGCAGCGAUGAGAACGAGAACAUUCCAGGCGAACAGACCGAGCCGUCUUUGUGGGAUUCCUGGACCUCUGUGCACUCCCAUCUGUUCCCCCCAGAUUUGGUCAACCUGCCCCCGGUUUCUUCUCAGUCAUCCACCCCUAAUGCUCCCAGGAAGCCGCCCUCUCCCUGCUCUCCAAAUUCGAGCCCCUCCACCUCGCCAAAGCUUGGACGAGCCAGCCUGGCCGGUGAUAUCACCAUAGUUGGAGGAAAUCGGACUGGGAUCUUCGUCAGCAGCGUGAAAGCCGGCUCACCGGCCGAACAGUGUGGACUGCGGGAGGGCUGUGAGCUGCUGGAGCUGGAGCGGGUUCUGUUUGGCGGAGGGAGUGUGCUGCUGGCUCAGUGCACGGCUGAGGUGGCCCACUUUUCUCUGCAGUGGUGGACCGAGCCCCAAACCCUCAAACACCAGAGCAACCCAGAGGCCUACUCCAAGCUGCAGUCAGAGCUUUCUUCGCCCUCCUUCGUGGGCGCGGACUCCUUCUAUGCGCGGGUCAAUCUCAACAUGGAGUCCCACGGUGACUCGCCCUCUCUGGGGGUUUCCUGCGAUGACAUCAUCCACGUCACUGACACCAGGCACAACGGGAAAUACCAGUGGCGCUGCUCCCUGGUGGACCGGAACACGGCCAUGCCCCUGCAGACAGGAACCAUGCCCAACUACAACAGGGCUCAGCAGCUGUUGCUUAUUAGGUUACGAAAAAUGUCACUGGAGCAAAAGGACUCAAAGAAGAAGAUGUUUUUAAAGAAAACACCUAACCGCGUUCGACUGGUCAAGGCGGUGGAUCCCAGCUCUCGGGGUUGCGGUUCCUCAAAGCAGAUUUUUUACACUCUCAACAAACGUCACGAGGAACAUCUGAUCCCAUACAGUCUGGUGCAGCCGGUGAAGGUCCAGACUAAGCGGCCGGUCAUCUUCUCGCCCUCGCUCCUUUCCCGCGGGCUGAUCGAGAGGCUGCUGCAGCCGGCGGAGUCUGGUUUGAACUUUAACACCUGCCCCCCUGAGCCUAUUAAAGCUUCAGAACAAAAGGACAAAAGGGUAUUUCUGUUGGAUUCCUGCAGUCCAGAGCAGGCUCUGGGAAUACGGCUGGAAUCAAUACAGGAUGUGAUCAGUCAGGGCAGGCAUUGUCUGUUAGAGCUGGGGCUGCACAGCGUCGAGGGCCUGCUGAGGCAGGGGAUUUACCCCAUUGUCAUCCACAUUCGCCCUAAAAACAAAAAGCACAAGAAGCUAAGGAAGUUUUUGCCAAGGUGUGGAGAGGACAGCAUUAUGGAGGAGGUGUGCCAGGCCGAGGAGCUGCAGCUGGAAACACUGCCUCUGCUUUACUCCACGGUGGAGCCAAACACCUGGAGCUGCACCGAGGAGCUGCUGGAAGCCUUACGUGGUGCAAUCCAAAGGCAGCAGAAGGCGGUAGCAUGGGUUGAACUUGACAGGCUGCAGUAGAAGACAGAUGUGUGUACACUGCAUCCAAUGAUACGCACAAACGUGAUUAUCCUGUGGUCACUGGAGCAGGUACCAAGCCAGUGCGGGAUCUUUACAGUGGCUAUGAUGUAAUUUGUAUUUGUGCAAAUAUUUAUUUUCAGUUUCAAAGGAAGCCAGAUUAGACUCCUGUGUACGCAGUGAUAUUAAGUACUUUGCAUGCCCUAGUGCCAUGGUCACAUCAGUACAAAUCAACCUGUAGGAAAUAAUUCACGAUGCAAUGUUGUGUUUUCCCUCACUACAACUAAAGUCAGAUUAUUUUCAGAAUUGUACAUUGUAUAAAACUUAUUGUCAUUACAAAAAGCAGGAUCUGUACUGUAAAAUAAGCAAGUGCAUCAUGCUUUUUCAACUACUGUGAAGUCUCUUUUAUGUUAUGUUUGAAAGAAAAUGCACAUUUGUAGACAGCUUUUGACUCUGAUUUUCUUGUAUACUUUUUGUUUUUAUUUUGGUGACUUCUUUUAACAAGAAAUAAAUAUACUUUUGCAAUACACUU